GGGAGUCCGCGAGAUUUGGUCCCAAUGGCGAGUGACAAACGGGAUCUAGUCUCGGCGGCGAGCGAGCACAUGCUGGCGCAAGAUCCCGAGUGGCAGCGAAGAUCGUGGAUUCGGUGCUCCUCUUCAUCACAUCAGACAUUUCUUGUUCGACUCCGCUGCCGCCGCCCCACCAUGGCGCCGCCUCUCCCCGGCGAUCCACCGUCGCUCGGCGAGCCCCCGGCGGCGGUAGGCGAUCUGCUCCAACCAACGAACGUUGAAGCCCUAUCUUGCAGCCUCGUCGCGCUGGCAGGAGGCCAGACGACAAGUGACCUAGGGCUUGCCUCGCCGGGCAGGAGACUAGACGACACCAGGAACGACGCGCUCAUGCACAUGACCACAGUGGGGCUUCUGCUGCUGUGGUGUGUCUCGUUUUGCGUCUUUGUACAUGAUCUUGAUGUCUUGUUCUGUGCCCAGCCCACACGGGAAGUUCCAAGCGUUCCCACACUGGAACUCAUGAAUUACUUCCUAUGACUUAGAUCUUGUUUCGAACUAAAUUAUGGUCUUAUGAGAUGAACUUGUAAUUGUUAGAUUCAUAUUUGUGUAAAAAUUUAUGAUUUUAUCCAUUGCUUGGAUCAUCUUUUACUUAUUUAUUUUGCAUAGAA